AUGUCUGUCGUCUCACUUCUCGGUGUCAAUGUUCUCAACAAUCCAGCCAAAUUUGGUGAUUCCUAUGAGUUUGAGAUCACCUUUGAGUGUCUUGAGGCAUUGCAAAAGGAUCUUGAAUGGAAAUUGACCUAUGUUGGUUCUGCCACGUCUGAUGAACAUGAUCAAGAACUCGAUUCGCUCCUCGUUGGUCCUAUUCCAGUCGGCGUAAACAAAUUCCUCUUCCAGGCAGAUGCCCCCGAUACCAAGCGAAUCCCAGAUGCAGAAAUCCUCGGCGUCACUGUCAUUCUUCUCACUUGCGCCUACGAUGGUAGAGAGUUUGUUAGAGUUGGUUACUAUGUGAACAACGAAUAUGAUUCUGAGGAAUUAAACGCCGACCCCCCCGCCAAGCCACUUCUUGACCGAGUCAAGAGAAAUGUUCUUGCUGAGAAGCCCCGUGUCACUAGAUUUUCUAUCAAGUGGGACUCGGAUGAAUCUGCCCCUGCUGAAUUUCCUCCCGAACAACCUGAGGCCGAUUUGGUUGCCGAUGGAGAAGAAUAUGGUGUCGAUGAAGCUGGAGAGGAUGAUGACGAGGAGGUCGAGGGAGAGGAAGGCGGUGCCGUUGAUCCAGACGCAAUGGAACAAGAUUCAGAGAUGGCUGGUGCAGAAGUCGAGGGCGCUGCCGCUGAGGAAACCGGUGAUGAAAGUGAAGAUCUCGAGGCUGAGAGCAGUGGCGAAUCUGAUGAAGAAGUCGAUGAAGAAGAGGGUGCCGGAGAUGAUGACAUGGAAAUGGAUGGAGUUGAAAAGUCUGGUGCUGAGAAGGCUGGCGGCGUUACACAUCAAGUCGAUGCGGUUAUGGCCCACUGA